AUCGGGUUUCCGUGUCAUGUCCUUCGAAGAAAAGAUAAAAGAUAUUGCUGAGCCAGAAGACAGCAUCCAACUGAAUCUUGAGCAAAGGCACCCUACCGUCUCUCCUCCCAGGCCUCUUUUCCCUUACUACCACGAUAUAUGAAAGGAUACUAGUGGGUGCUUUGCAGUACGUUUCGCAUUAUGAGGAAAUACAGGUGGUCGGGAGGGAAAAGGGAUGACGAUGUCGAUGGCAGUCAAGGAGAUAGGUGGUUGCACGGCGCUUGUAUGCGUAUGUAUGUCUUGAAAAAUGCCGUAAAACGUGCAGUGGCAUGUAGACCUGCAUCUUCUGCGCCGCCGCAGUUUGAACCGUUUAUUUUCCCCUUCCACUUCUUGUUUCCCCUUUUUGGGCUUUGCUAUGAUUUAUGGGAUUUGUCUAUUGUUCGCAUUGGUCGAAGUUGAGACCGAGGUCAACUUCCCAAUCAUAUAUAGCCAUUUAAAUAAAGCGGUCUUUCGCGACAAUAUGUCGCUUCGAGACCCGAGUGCCGCGUGUAAGGGGGUGGGGGUGGGAAGCGAUGAAAAGGACGGGAAACAUGAGGUGACAGCCAACGCUUAUGCAGGUACGUAUGUCGGGCUUUCCAAAACUCGUCGUGUCAUCGGUGAUUUGUGGAUUUGGUAACACGUCGUGCCGGCCUUCACCUUGAACCCACGUUUGUGUAGACGCGGUUGCGGGAUUACAAUCUCAACGCCGGUCAGCCAGGAAGGCCACUGCAAACUCGGCGAUCACGGCGUCUUGUGGUCCGGCCAUGUGCUCGUCCAAUGUCUCCGAUGUUGAGGUUGUCGAGUGAAGAAGGGGAGCUCCACUGGAACUGGCCGACGGGAGGCCCCGCCGGUGCCGGAACCGGGGAGCUCCGCAGCAUUCCGCUCCCAGUUGCGGAGCGGGAGUCGAGGUCACAUCAAUGAGGAUGGAUAGGAGGAGAGGGAGUGCGGGGAUGGAGAUCGGUGGGGUGAAUGGCUCGUUUGUCCCGCAGCCGUCACGGAGGGUCCG